UUCCUGAAAAAAUACAGCAUGCUUUCGAAACAUGUGUUCAAGGAGUGCAAAUGCUUGCACAUCGCCGCCGAUUCCUCGGAGAUCGGCGGCAACAACCUGGAGCUCGUUGCGCUGUGCAACGGCGACAAGAACAUCGGGGCAUGGGCUCCGCCACAGGUGCUGUCGGCCUUCAACGUGACCACCAACUCGCCCGAUGAGCCCCUGGACCCGAUCCUGCUGGGCGCUGCGAACAGGCGUGCGCUGGCCUUCGCAUUGCACGAGCCAUUGGGAGAUAAUGUGGGGUUGCCUACGCCUAAGCGAGUUGCUGGUGCGAAACACAUGUUCGCUUGGGACAAUGCAAUGCGACAGGCUGGGCUUCAGGGCCUGUCUAAAUUCAUUGCCAACGAGGACGAAACGCCCCUACAGAUCCAAGGGCUUCCACAUAUUGAAAGGCCUGAGCAGAGGCCCGACACCAUCGUCUUUAGCCUGGACCAAGGGCCCACCAGCUACGCCACGCAUUUCUACAUGCUUUACGCCAUGAAGAUGAACCUCUUCUGUCACUACGACGUGUCCCACCGUUUGUGGAAUGAUGUCAAGGAUGCAUUCUGCGAGUGCGGGGAAUGGAAUUUCAUUCGUCUCAGUACUAUCGUCCUCAACUCAGACUUCGGCCCUUGGGAUGGUUCAGCAUACUUCAAUAAAGGAGGCAGUGUUCUGAAAAAUUUCGGUGCAUCCUGUGGCGCGUCUCACCCAUUGUUCGUAUGUUUCCAUAAGGCCAUUGCUACGGAGCUUGGAAUUCCGAUCGAGGGCAAUGACGAGAAGUUCUUGGAGGGCGUGUUUCUGGCGCUCAAGGAAAGUGACGCAUGGGACACGAAAAACGUCAAUAUUGGCUUAUCCAGAUGGUCCGGGUGGCACGACUCGGCCCAGCAUUUCCUGAAACGGUGGAGCACCAGGCAUCUCACUUACGUGUGGUUGAGCAUCGUACGCGGGUAUGGGAGAUCAACUGAUGAAGGCUGGACCUUGAUACCAACAUUCCAAGAUACUGCCCCCAAGGCAGCGGAAGCAGCCGAUGCUGAACCAAUGAAGUACGGUAGCGCCAAGGUUGACGCAAUGAGGGCUCGGUGCAAAAACACAAUGCAUUUAGUGACUGCCUGGAUGUCCGAUUCUAUGAACAAGCGGAAGUUGGUUGCUUUUGUCAGGCUCUGCGACUACUUGCGUGAACACCAAUCUUACCAAAACAAGCUCGUGAGAUCGCCACAUGAAGCCCAAGAGUAUUUCGAGGACGUGGUUCGAGGAAAGGCGCUGGAACCGCUGGAUGAUAUGUUCAAGCACAUUAUUUCUAAGCCAGAUGGCUUGGAAACUCUUGGAUUCCAUAUCGCGUUCGCCAUCACCGAUGACCUUGACGAGUGCGAUGCCAUCGAGGAGCGCGGCUGGGCAGCCAAGCUCAUGCAGUUCUCGUUCCAGCUUGUUAAGCAUCGCCUAAUGAGCUUGUCGCACUACUUGUGGAGCCUCCCUGGGUGUUUCAUCCUCUGCCUGUCUGCUGACAAGGCUGAGCACGCUGCCCUCAAUCAGUUCUUGAAGAUGGUAUGGCGCUCAUGGGAAGGGUUCAUGGAGUCGGGCUUCCAAGAUACAGCUUUUUGGAAGCCGAUUAAAAACCGCCACGUCCUUCAACAGCAGCUCGUCCGAAAGUUCAUGCGCCAGUCAAUAGAGCACAACUUCGAGCGCAUCGACGCUGUGCAAGAGCAGACGGCCAAAGAUUUAGUUGCAGGUUUUUGCCAAACGAAGGUGCUAGAGGACAGUUUCCACGUGGCAAGCGAGUUCUGCAACUACGAGGUGCGGAAUGGCAAGGUGCCCCCCAAAUCGAUUUGGGAGAACAUCAUCAACCACAGAACUAUGAGCCAAAAGCACCGCUACCAUGAGGUUGCCGUAGGAGUGGACACACGGCUGCCGCUCUCGGAGAAAGGGCGCAAGCUGGACACGGACCUCUUCGAGAGCACGCAGAG